ACGCUUUAAAUACCUUUUUGCCUUACAUACUGUCAGAAUAACUUAGUUUCACUCAAUGACACCAGCAUGGGAUGCUCAGGGCUGUUUAUUUUGUUUUUGGUGCUAAAUGUUGCUCACUGCUUGGAAAUCAUGGGUCUGGCUGGAGAGAUCCAUGAAAACAUCACAGCAGUCCUGGGGGAGGACGUCUACCUGAGCUGUACUUAUGUGGGUGAGAGUGAGAUCCAGGAGGCAGAGUGGAAAAGCCAGAUCAACUCCAAAUCCAAGCGGCUGGCCGGAUUUUUUGAUGGCAAACCAUUUAGCCGCGGUGACAUCUCGAAGCCAGUCUCUCUCACCAACCUCACAGUUAAGAUGAAAGUGUCCAGUGUGGAAGUGGAAGGAGAAUACAUCUGUCAGUUUGAUUCUGAGGAAGCUACGUACCAUGGCAGUGUACAUCUCACUGUAGUAGCUCGGCCUGACAUACAGAUACUGGUGGAUGCAGAGACCAUCAACGGCUCCCAUUACCAGUCGGUGUCAUGCUCUGCGGCCGGUGGGAGGCCCAGGCCUCAGAUCAGUUGGUUGGUCGCCGGCCUUCCUCCCUCAUAUGACCCUUUUGCUGUGGAAGUGAGUGAAAGUGUUCACUCAAACGGCACCUACGCAGUGCGCAGCAUCCUGCGCUUCCCCACCCGCCUGCAGGAUGAAGACAGCGUGACUUGUGUGGUCCUUCACCCAUCAUUGCCCGAACCAAAACUCACCUCGGUCAGGGUGGAAACCUACGCGAGGCCGAACGUGAGCAUAAAAGCAGAGAUGGUGCAAAAAGGAGGAAUGGAGUUCUGGGUGGUCUCGUGCCUUUCAUCGGGAGGGAGACCUGACGCUGACAUCGCCUUGGCUUUGAACAGCGUCGAAGAGCUGCAGAGAGAGCACAGCACCAACUCAGACAUGCACGCGAGUUCAGUUCUCUUCCCUGCAACGCUGUAUGAGGGCCGUAAUAUCACCUGUGCUUUUGACCACCCCACAUUCACACACCAAGUGACACGUGCCAUAACGCUGCCGUCUUUUUAUUUUGAGUUGGGAAUCAACAGUGGUGACCUCCGAGCACCUGAACAUUUCGAGUGGCAGGAAGGACAGACAGACGCCGCCGUCGACCUGCGCGUCACUGGCAACGUGCCACAUUACAACGUUACCUGCAAAAAAGAGGACGGCCCCUUGCCUGACGGUGUUGAGCUGUUUGGCAGCAGCCUCACACUUCAGGGUCCUGUGGAGCUUCAGCAUGCCGGCAUGUACGAAUGCUUCUUCGCAUAUCACCAUGUCAAAGCAACCCUGACGUUUCGUGUCACAGUUAAACCUCAACGUACGCUGCCUGUUCCUCCAACAAUUCGAGUCGACUUUCGGACUGAGGAUGGACACAGGCUGAUUGAGUGCUCAGCAGCCGAUGCUGUACCUGCAGCCAACAUGUCCUGGCUUCUACCAGACGGGGUGUCUGGAGUUUCUUGGUUCAAUUUCACUUCUCAUAAUGGAAGCCACUCCGUCAGGGGACUUUUACUCCUCCCGGCCUGCUCGUCCCGGGAGCUCACCACACAGUGCGUGAUAAAUCACCCGGCGUUUGAGGAGCCAGCGAACAGAAGCAUUACCCUCCCUCUCUGCGCCCGCCCUGAAAUCGCCAUCAACUCGAGCACCGAGUGGACAGACGGCGAAGAGUUCACAAAGGUGGACUGCUCCGUGGAGAGCGUUCCCCCAGCAGCAACCAUAAGGUGGCACGUUGGGAACGUUAACAGCAGCAUCAGUUACCUGUCUGCGACCGAGGGCCGGCCUGAUGGCUCGGUGCUAACCCGGAGCUCCGCGCGGGUCCUGUCAUCUUUGUAUUCUGGUCAGAAUGUGACCUGCACAGCGGAGCAUCCAAGCCUGGAGGCACCAGAAAGAAGAACAACACACAUUCUUUUGAACAAAGCCCCUGUGCUGACUGUGUCUCUGGAGAGACAGCGGGAGUCUUCUCUCUGGCUGGCGGUGUGUGACUACAGAGGGGGGGGCGGUGUUGGGCCUGACCUCGCCUGGGUCCUUCCUGACAAUGCCAAAGGCCAAACAUCCCGGCUUUCAGCAAGCAGGCUGACUUAUCAGUUUCCUCUGGCCCUUCACGAGGAGCAGGACCUGACUUGUGUGUAUAGUUUUGAACAUGGAGUCACAGAGAAAAAGACCAUUCACAUCCCCAGAUACUAUAUCUCCUCCAUCAGAGUCUUAAACCACACGGCUCCUCUGCAAAGCCGCCACGCCAGUGAAACCAUCACACACAGACUGGCUCUCGAGGAAAACCAUCACAACCAAAGAGUGCUGCUCCGAGUCGAAGGCAACGUGCCAGAGUACAAGCUCAUCUGUGAAAGGAGCAAUGGCGCAUUUGUCCAAAUGGAGCGGGACGCAAUGGUCUUCCAGUCCCAGCUCACACAGCAGGAUGAAGGCCUGUACAGCUGCCGGGCUUCCUUUUAUCACCACACGGCCACCGUCAACAUUCAAGUGGAGGUCACCAGUGAGAAAAAGCAGCUUGCUCUUGCUGCAGUCGUCUGCAUUUCUUCGGCCUUGGCCAUCACCCUCAUCCUCAUCGUCACCCUCUGGGUGUGCUGCAAAGGACAUAGCAGGUCCCAAUAUAAGAAAAAGGAGUCUCUCUCUGCGUUGACGUCUCUGAUGCAAGGGCACGGCUCCCCUGAGGUAAAGUCGGCAGUGACGGAAAACAGAAGCAAUAACGCUCAGAUGGUCAGCUACUCCAUUGUUGUUGACAUUAAGAGUACAGUGUGAAGAUGAAAGGAGCUUUGAUUGACAUAUUCUGCCUUGCACUGUGCACAAGGCUUGCUGGAACUGCAGUGUAUUAUCAGCAUUAGAUGUGAAAGUAUCCUUUAUGUACUAAAAUGUGAUUUAAUGUGAAUGAAUUUCAAUGAUUUCAAAGUAUUAUCUGUGCAACAUCUUACUUUAUUGGCAAUUUGUUUUGUACAUGUUGUUUUUGUCAAUAAAAUUAUUUGAAUAAAAUUAUUUUUCUAAAUUGCUGUUUGUAUCAAGUUGUUACCACACAUCUCUUCAUACAUUAGAGAUAACUAACUUUAGCCUCCCACCAUCUGCCCUUGUGAUAUCUUUGGUCAUCUAAAUCAGUGAGGACCAUCUGCUGUGGCAACCAGUUAACUCUAAAUACAUCGUCAUAUAGCUCACAAACCAGAUGCAGACGCAUGAUUAGGUUGUAGUGCUGUUACACCCUCUUGUGG